AUGCCGAUCCCGGACCUGACAAACACGACGACCUUCCCGGCCUUCGACGGCCUCCCGAUCGAGGAAGACGGCGCCGCGCCCGGGAUGGACGCCCGCGAGGAGUGGUUCCUCGUCGCGCAGGUGAAGCAGAACAUGACCAUCACGAAGCCGACGGUGGUGGUCGCGGACCGCGCGGGGGACGAGUUUGCCAUCACGUUCGAGGACCGCGGGAUCGACCUGCGGCCGGUGAAGACUGGGUGGACGAUCGUGGUGCCGCGGGCGUGCCGGACGGCGCCGAAGGAGGGGAAGAAGGGGUUCGUGAGGGUGGCGGAGGGGAGGGGCACCGGGGUGAAGUAUGUGCCGGCGGCGCUGGAGAGGGUCUUUGAGCUGGGGCGGGCGGAGUGUCAAACGAAGGAUUGGAAGACGCAUAAGCUUGAUUGCAAGGCUUUGAAGGGCAUGGUCAACGCGUGGGGGGUAUGA